GAUUCGACACAAUCAAUCAUGCCAGCGACCGAGCAACAAACUGCUAUUGAAAUUGAAAGUGCAGCAAUGGUAAUUCCACCACCAUAUAUGGAUCCAGCUCAUGGACAGGCUAAGAAGAACCUGAUGAGGAUCCGACAAGAGUCCUAUUCCCAGCUGAAGCCGUGUGCACAUUGCGGAGCUGCACCACGGGCUCAGACCACUAACCUUCCAUCUGAAUCAGUAUUCGUAUGGCCAGCCCAACGACCAACCAACUACAUCAGACAAGAUUCUUGCCAGUUCAUUGGAUACGUUCUUGUCAUUGCUGUCGUUAUUUUAUUGCUAUUCGCUGCAUGCAAAUACCUACCAUGAGUUUUCCAUCAAGAAUACCGUAUUCUCAAGAAUCUUGCUCUACUAAAAAACAAAUUUCAACUUUUUGUGUAUCACCGUGCAUUUUAUUCGUCCAAUAAAAUUGCUUUGAUUUU